AUGUAUGCCAAGAUCCAGAAUACUACGGCCGAGGACCGCCGGGUCAAAAAGCGGGAGUACGACCGUAAAUCCCAGAGGUUGGCGCGUGAGAGGACAAAGGGUCGCAUCGCGCAGCUCGAGACUAUGGUGGAGAGCCUUCGACAAGCCGACUCUAACGCACGAGUAGCCAAGCUGAUGGAGCAGCUAGGUCAAGUCACAAUGGAAAGAGAUGGAUUAUUACAAGUGCUCGAUUCACUCGAUUCUACCAUUCGUCGUCACAUUGGUAACUCGGCGACAGGCGAGCCUGCUUCAGAUACGCGACCUGAAUCAUCAACGAACACAUCAUCGAGAAGGUCUUCGAUUUUCACGUUGGAAGAAUCAGCAGGCCGAACGACUGCUACGGGAGUUUCUCCAAAAACGAGUGACUCUACAAUACUGGAAGCCCCGAUGGACUAUCCUUCAACCAAUCUUUUUGACUACGACGGCUGGUACCACUCUUUCAGCGAUGUGUCAUAUCCAACUAUCACGGGUAUUGAUAACUCAGUCUUCCAACCCAAUCUGGACUGUUUUGUGCAAACAUACACUCGUUCGCAGUAA